AUGACCCAUGUGUUUGAGCGUAUACAUAUGAAUAUCAUAUGUUUUUGGGUCUCCAAAAAGAAAGAAAGAGCGCCGGCCGGAGCUGAAGCCGACGAGUUCUCCGACGAGCAGGAAGCUCAGCAGCUGACGCGAAUGUGGGAAAACGUGCCUUUGGCUCGCCAGGUGAAAGUCAUUUUCCCUGUCGCGUCAACAAACCCAAGUAAAAAGGUUUCUGAGCGCCUCGUGUUGAUCCCAGCCAUCUACAAGAACAGCACGACUGGCUACAAGAACGUGGCCUACGACCGCUGCAGUAAGAAGUUCAAGGCGCAGGCCUUCUGGCAUCCCUUUGCGGUGCGCAUUCUCAAUCUGCUGCAGCGCGGGUUUGCAGUCGCAUAG